GCUGUUUUUUUUAUUGUUGUUGAUCUUGGCAAUCUUGGUUGUUAAUAGACUGUGAUCCAGCCAGAGAACUUAAAUUCCAAAUUAAAAAACAAAUUUUCUCAUGCACUACCAGAGCACUACCAAUUUUUUUACUGUACAUAAUGUCUGAUUUAGUGGCAAAGUGUGUUUUACGUGUCGAAGUAAACGAACCAACCGAAUCCAAUGAAUCUCAAGAUAGCCAAGGUGCAGCCGAAGCUCUUUCUGAGGAAUCCGAACCCAAACAAAAAAGGGGCCAAAGGCGUGUGACUAAUAUAAGCGUUGAGACAUUUGCAAAUCGCUUAGAAACCCCCAGAGAAGAUUGGGGUCUUUUACCAGUUUCCUCAAGAGAAGCGACCCCCAUGACUGAAAAAGCUCCUGCAGAAUUAGCCGAAGACAAAGCAGAAAUAGGGUUUUUCAGUGGUAAUCCUUUUGUGGAGGUUACCAAUGGCAUAUUACAUUUGUAUAAGGAAGAUGUGCUAACAAGCAGAAAAGAAGCCUUGACACUUUGCUUGUUGGGUGUGCCGUGUUCAAUGACUUGCCAUGAUAUUUUAGCAUUUACAGCCCCCUGUCACCCAGAUAUUGGUCAUAUUAGAGUAUUAAGGGACUCGUCGCCCAACCAAUACAUGUGUUUAUUAACAUUUCGUGACCAUGAUGCGGCAAUGGAAUUUUAUCUUACCUACAAUGGAACACCUUUUAGUACUCUUGAACCUGAACUUUUAUGUAGAAUUGUGUGGGUGUCCACAGUUGAAUGGGCUCAUGAUGGGUUACCACCUCCAGGUCAUACCGAACUACCAAUAUGUCCUGUUUGUUUAGAACGCAUGGAUGAGUCUGUAGAUGGUGUACUAACAAUCCUAUGCAAUCAUGCUUUUCAUGCUAGUUGUUUGGAAAAAUGGGGUGACUCUACAUGUCCAGUUUGCAGGUGUGUCCAAAGUCCUGAACAAGCAGAAAGCUCUGAAUGUGAACAAUGCGGAAAAUCCGCUCCAUCUCCAGAUUCCCUAUGGAUUUGUCUAAUAUGCGGACAUGUAGGUUGUGGUAGAUAUCAAGGCGGACAUGCGGCAUCUCAUCACAGAGAAAGUGGGCAUUGUUAUGCCUUGCAAUUGGGUUCUCAUAGAGUUUGGGAUUAUAAAGGUGAUAAUUUUGUGCACAGACUCCUACAAAACAAAGCAGAUGGUAAGUUGGUGCCGUCAGAAGGACCGCCAACUGAAGCCGAGCAUGCUCAGGAAAAAGUUGACUCUGUUCAAUUAGAAUUCACGUAUUUGUUAACAUCGCAACUUGAAGAGCAAAGAAUGUAUUUUGAAGAUAAAUUGAUACUUUUGGAAACUCAAUUAUCUGAUGAAACUCAACACUUGAGAAAUGAAAUGACUACGCUGUCAGAUGAAAAUAAACAUUUGAGAACCAAACUAAAUAAUGUCACUAAAGAAAAACAAGCGCUCGAAAAAAAAAUGCUCCAGCAAAAUUCAAAGCUGACUUCAACUUUACACGAACUUAAUGAAGAAAAACAACUAGGAAAAGCUCUAAGAAAUAACCAGCAACAAUGGCAAGCAAAGUUAACUCAUUUAGAAGAAAGAUUAGCUGAAAUUCAAACAACAAAAGACAGAGAAGUGGCUGAAUUGAAAGAACAAGUUAGAGAUUUGAUGUUUUUCAUUAAUGCUCAACAGGCCAUUGAGAAGUCCGAAGAUAGGGAAGAGAUUGCUCAAGGCACAGUUACAGUAGGUGAGAAGCCACAAACUUCAAAAAAUAAAAAAGGAAAAAAGCGACGAUAAAUUGGAUUACUCUAAAAACUGUUGAAGUAUCGUCUUAUGAUUUAUUAACUUUUUGUGUUUUUUAAUUUAUAGAAAACAAUUAUUUCGGGAUUAAAUGUUUUUUUAUUCUAA